UGUUUGAGUCAAAGGACAGCGGUGCUGUUCUAAAGUAGUGUGUGUUUUAUAAGUGUACUUAAUAUCCAACAUCUUUUGCUAAAUGUGUCGUAUUCUCUUUUGGAUUAAUUUUCUGACCAGACCUUCUAAUGCUUGUGCAUUGCUAUCGUCUUAGUUCGUAAAUCGUAAUAUUCUUCUGUCAGUCUAUUUGACAGCAGUUGCUCUUCGUCGGGUCGAGCGCGUUGAACCGAAUGUAAACAAGCCCAGUUUCGCAGUCUUCAUCCACGAACUCGCCUGGAGUCACCGUCAGCGGCUUUCACCAACCUGUUAAGUGUGUUGGAGUCCGCGGGAGAUGAUUUGGCCGUGUAGUCAGGCCUUGGACUAAAGUUGAAGCCUUUUAAUUGAGUCUGUCAAGAGUGUCAGAUUCGUCGCGAGGCCUCAUAUCUGUGGAUGAGGAAGUGAACGGACCGAGCUCACCCAGGAGAAAGGAUCCCAUUUCAUGGGAGAAUCCUCUUUCCUUUACUCCUGGGUGAACCGGUGAUCUGUCAAAAUGGAUGAGCAGGAGGCCCUGAAUUCUAUCAUGCAAGACCUGGUGGUGCUGCAUCGAUCCAGUCGACCAUCUGGUCUGCCUGACCUGGGCAAACACAAGGCCUCCUCUCCUAAGAACCAGAAUGAUGUAAGGGUGAAGUUUGAGUACAGAGGAGAGAAGAGGAUCCUGCAGUUCCCUCGACCUGUCAGUCUUGAAGAUCUGAGCGCCAAAGCUAAAGUAGCAUUUGGGCAGACCAUGGACCUGCAUUACACCAAUAAUGAGCUUGUGAUUCCGUUGAGUACUCAGGACGAUCUGGAUAAGGCCGUGGAGCUGUUGGAUCGAUCAGUGCAUAUGAAGAGCCUAAAAAUCCUGCUUGUGCUCUCCUCCUGUACUCAGAACUCUGUCUCCAGUAAGGACCUGUUGCCAGCUCACGAGAACCUGGACAACACAGACUUCAGUGUUGCAGAUAAAAAGAAAAUGCUGGCACUCAUAGGUUCUCAGUCAACCGAUCGUAGCUCUCCUCCUCCAGGCUAUAUUCCUGAUGCUCUGCAGCAGGUGGCCAGAAAUGGCUCUUUCACAAGCAUCAACAGUGAGGGCGAGUUCAUACCAGAGAGCAUGGACCAGAUGCUGGACCCUCUGUCUAUGAGCAGUCCUGAGAAUUCAGCGUCAGGCAGCUGUCCUUCACUGGACAGUCCACUUGAUAGUGAUACCUAUCCUAAAUCCCGUAUGCCUCGAGCCCUGAGCUACCCUGAUAACCAUCAAGAGUUCCCUGAGUACGAUAUACCAGUGUUUGAAAAAACAGGGAAGGGAGGAACCUAUCCUAGGCGAUAUCCCAUCUCUUUUGGUCUGCACGACUACAGCGAUGGGCGAAAGACCUUUCCCAGGGCACGGCGGACUCAGGCUCAUGGUUUUCGUUCUCCAGUGAGUUUCAGUCCAACAGAGCAGCAGAGCCCCAGCACUAGCAGUGGAAGCAGCAUCUUCACUCCUGAGCUAGAGGAACCAGGGCGCAGACGCCGCGGCAGCGACAUAGAGCCCAGUUCUAACCCCACUCUCUCAGUCAUGGACAUCAGCCCUCCAAGCCGCUCCCCUCGGGCUCCCACAAACUGGCGUCUAGGGAAGCUUUUGGGGCAAGGAGCAUUCGGGCGAGUGUUUUUAUGCUACGAUGCUGACACUGGCAGAGAACUGGCUGUUAAACAGGUGCAGUUUGACCCGGAUAGCCCAGAAACCAGCAAGGAGGUGAGCGCUCUGGAGUGUGAAAUUCAGCUGCUGAAAAAUCUAUUCCAUGAGCGCAUUGUUCAGUACUAUGGCUGCUUGCGGGACACACAUGAAAGAACUCUUUCCAUUUUUAUGGAGUACAUGCCUGGGGGCUCCAUUAAAGACCAGCUGAAGUCUUAUGGUGCUCUGACGGAGAACGUCACUCGUAAAUAUACACGGCAGAUACUAGAAGGCGUGUGCUACCUGCAUAGUAAUAUGAUCGUCCAUAGAGAUAUCAAAGGUGCCAAUAUCCUACGGGACUCCGCAGGUAAUGUGAAGCUGGGUGACUUUGGAGCGAGUCGGCGGCUCCAGACCAUCUGCCUGUCAGGAACAGGCAUUAAGUCAGUGACAGGUACACCUUACUGGAUGAGCCCUGAGGUCAUCAGCGGAGAGGGGUAUGGCAGGAAAGCUGAUAUCUGGAGCAUCGGCUGCACCGUGGUGGAGAUGUUGACUCAGCGGCCACCCUGGGCGGAGUACGAAGCAAUGGCAGCCAUUUUUAAAAUUGCCACACAGCCCACCAACCCCACUCUGCCGCCUCACGUGUCGGACCACUGCCGGGAUUUCCUUAAACGGAUUUUUGUGGAGACUAAACAGCGUCCAGCUGCUGAGGACCUAUUACGGCACACUUUCGUCCAUUAGACACUCCCCCUUCCAUCUCUGACCAAUCAGAGACUUCCAAAAGUGUCUGUAGGACCAUCCAUUUUUCAGACUCAUCCCAGCAGGCCUACGAGCCCCUACUCGGAUCAGAGCGCAUAGUGAAGAGGGCAGUGGCCUAAUCUCACACCUCUGCUGGAGCAGGAGGGGGAUUUGGAGCAGCUUGAUUCCAUAUGAAAACAUUGCACCUUAAUUUCACUCAGGGGUAAGUACCCCUAAAGACUAAACGGAUAUUGGUACCCCAAAAAAACUUGAGAAUGUUGUCUUUUAAGGCUUUCUUUUAUUAAUUUUUAAUGUUUUGAUAUCCCCGAUGAUUGUGGAGAGCCUUUGCUCUGGGGAGUCCGGGUGGGUUCUGGAUGCACUGGGUUAAUGCAGGAAGAUCUUGGAAUGUCAACCCCAGAACAAGGCAGGUACACCAAUACGCUGCUAAAGGGUAAAAGGAAAAAAAUGAAACAGAACAGAAUAGAUGACAGGAUGCACGGGACUCUCCAGCCUGGUAGUCAUGGCUUCUAAAAGUUCUCAUUUUCUUGCACAGUCCUCCUAGAACAUACACACACACACGUACAUGAACUCUGAUGGAAGAUCUUACUGUAGAAUAUUUACUCUCUAUGCUGUACAAACAUUUGUGUUUGCUGAACUCUCUCAUCUUCUGAUUGCAACCACAUACCGGAGUGUAUUUGCUUUUUCCAGCUCUAGAAUUCGUCAGGAUCUUGUACCGGUUUCUGUUUUGUUUCUGUUUUUACUGUGUGCCUUUUUGACAUCACCUUCCUCUUUUUUUUGUAUUCUGCUCUGUCUUAAGUGUCCGGUUAUUUUUCUAGAAUUUUAUAGGUUUAAUGCACAGCUACUCACAAGUCUUUCUGACUUUUCUUUUACAGGAAUUAUUUAGGACAGUUCGGCUCUUCAUACUGUUUCUAGAACAGUAUGAACAGUAGAACAGUUUCUAUAAACAGCCUCUGCCUUUCCCCCUUUGGUCCCUCUGCUGGCAAACUGAUCUCGGGUCAGGUUCACCUGUGCAUUCUCUUAACACAGUGCCAUACACUUCAAUCUGAACAGGUAGGCAGGCUGAACACACUCACUCACCAAAGCGAAGAA